UGCAACAAUUGUCUAUUAGCAUAUACACAUCCCGUAAUUAUCUCAAGAAUCACUCACACUCACAGCCCGCACCAACUGAGCACAGCCGGAGGGCCAGAUGACGACGGCCAGCUUUCUCCGCCGCCUCCUCCGCAGAUCGCCGCCGGCGCCAGAGCAGAAAGGCAAAGAUCCCCUCGUAUGCAGGCCCCCCUUCCUCCCGCGCGCCUCCGUGGUAUGCACUUGCUUGCGCCGCCGCGGCCCUCCCCUCGGUUUCUUCAUCGACCACGUCGGCGACAGCAUCACCUUCGAGCCAGCUCCGGGCGCGCCCUACCGCCUCCCCCGCGGACUCUUCUCCUUGGAGCUCGACGGCUGCUACAUGACCCUAGGAUGGCGCCACGGCCUCGGGCUCUUCUUCCACAAGAUCCGGUUCGAGGUCCUGGUGUGGGAUCCCGUCGCCGGCCACCAGCACCUCCUGGCCGUUCCCCCGGAUUUCGAGUUCCAGGGGGCCAAGGGUGAUAUCAGCGGGGCGGUGCUUCGCGCCGCCGGAGACGUCGGCCACUUCCGGGUGGUCUUGGUAGGCAGCAACGGGAAGCAGCCUAGGACAGGGCUCGCCUGCGUUUACUCGUCGGAGACCGGCGUGUGGGGUGACUGCGUCUCAACGCCGCUUCCAUCCGAGGGUUUGUUCAUUUUCAGGUCCAACCCCGCUGUGCUGGCAGGGGAUUGCCUUCACUGGUCGCUUACCAUGGCGGGUUCGAGAAGUAUCCUCAAGUUUGAUUUGAACAGGAAGAGCCUAGAUCUGAGGCUGCUGCCGGGGGAUUAUUAUACCCCGCUCAGUCCUGUCAAAUGCGCGGUUAUGCGAGCAGAGGGUGGUGAGAUGGGUUUCCUCUUCUUAUACGGCUUUAUCGCCCAAUUAUGGAGUCUGAAGCCCUACCGCGAUGGUGUCGAAAUAUGGACGCCAGGGAGAAGUAUUGAACUGGACAAGUUACUUGGGCUAAAUCCAGAGAAAGAUCCCCCACAGGUGAUAGGGUAUGCCGAGGAAAACAAUGUGGUGUUCUUCUGGACAGUUGUUGGUGUCUUCAUGGUCCAUCUCGAGUCAUGGCGGUUCAACAAGCUCUCUAAGACUAGCAUCCAUUCUUGGUACCAUCCAUUUGAAAUUGCCUAUACUCCAGGCAUUGCUGGUGGACACGAUGGAGCUAAAGUUGUGACUUGUGAGCCGUUGGUGGAUGACACGAUGGGCACGACGACACACAAAACAAUUGUUCAGUUAGAUAUGCUAUUGUGAUGUAUCGGUUGA